CACUCCUCGCCAUCAGCCCUCCCCGAUUUCAAAUCUCGCUUCCCUCUCCCCCCGCCCCGAUCUCCAAAACCCUAAAAAAUCUCCCGCUCUCCUCCUCCUCCCCCCAGCCGGCCGCCGGGAAAUGACGUCCGCCGUGCCGCCGGCGCCGGGGCGCGAGCUCUCGAGCCCGCCGUCCGACGGGAUCUCCAACCUCAGGUUCUCCAACCACAGCGAUCACCUGCUCGUCUCCUCUUGGGAUAAGACCGUGCGGUUGUACGACGCCAGCGCCAACGUGCUUAGAGGGGAGUUCCUGCACGGAGGCGCGGUGCUCGACUGCUGUUUCCAUGAUGAUUCCUCUGGAUUUAGCGCCAGCGCCGAUCAUGCUGUUCGCCGGCUUGUUUUUAACGCUGGGAAGGAGGAUAUUUUGGGGAAACACGAUGCACCUGUACGUUGUGUUGAGUACUCUUAUGCAGCAGGGCAAGUCAUCACUGGUAGCUGGGACAAAACAUUGAAAUGUUGGGAUCCUAGAGGUGCAAGUGGGCAGGAUCGCACUCUUGUUGGGACAUAUCCACAGCCUGAACGUGUCUACUCUCUCUCACUUGUUGGAAAUCGACUUGUGGUAGCAACAGCUGGAAGACAUGUGAACAUAUAUGAUUUACGGAACAUGUCUCAACCUGAGCAGCGUAGGGAGUCUUCUCUGAAAUAUCAAACCAGAUGUGUGCGGUGCUAUCCAAAUGGAACAGGAUAUGCUCUCAGUUCUGUGGAGGGACGAGUUGCCAUGGAGUUUUUCGAUCUUUCAGAGGCAAGUCAGGCUAAAAAAUAUGCUUUUAAGUGUCACAGAAAAUCAGAGGCAGGAAGGGACAUUGUCUACCCAGUUAAUGCAAUUGCAUUCCACCCAAUCUAUGGGACAUUUGCAACAGGAGGUUGUGAUGGUUUUGUCAAUGUUUGGGAUGGGAAUAACAAGAAAAGGCUGUAUCAAUACUCAAAAUAUCCAACAAGCAUUGCAGCACUCUCGUUCAGCAGAGAUGGCCGUCUCUUGGCAGUGGGAUCGAGCUACACAUUUGAAGAGGGAGAUAAGCCUCAUGAACCCGAUGCCAUCUUUGUGCGUAGUGUAAACGAGAUAGAGGUCAAGCCAAAGCCAAAAGUGUACCCCAAUCCUCCUGCAUAAAGUGCAGUUUGGUAUAUUAGCUCUCCUUGCUAGUGUUGUGAAUUGACAUGUGAUUCCGUGGGAAGCCUCGUCUUUCCCGUAUGAGCUAGAGCUGUUCUUUGCUAUCCUUUGCCCCUCUAGUCUGCUUGCCAGUCCAUUAAUCCUGAUGAGCUGGAGAAAAAGUGUACACAAUGGAAAUACCACGAUCUAUAACUGUUCAUCAAUGAGGAGUAAAGGAUGGUUGCAGAACUUAUCGACUGUGAGAUACUAGAAGAGUUUCAUCUCGAUCCUCAUUUGGAAUGCUCUGUGAUGUCUUGUAAUUUAAAUUUUGGAUUCUCGUGAAAAUUUGCCGAUCGUUUUCUCGUUUUC